GGUUUAAAAUGCUCAAGGUACUGGAAGAACCUAUGUGACUCUGUUUGUGCCCCUGUUUCUCAAUAUCUUCAGUUGACAAAUGUACUAAACUGGUGUUGCAUUGAUGAUGAGUACUCGGUUACAAAAUUGUGCUGCGACUGUUUUGUACUUUUUUUUCUCAAAGGCGCAGGAGGACUGCACAUCUUUAUAUAUUAGAGGGAAGAAAAGCACCCACAAAGGAAAAAAGUACAUAACACAAACACACACCCAAACCAACACACACACUCUUCUAAAGCACACACCAGGACAGGGAGACCAGCCACGUAGACCCCGACGGUUACAAAGCAAAAACACGGUCAGCCAACCUAAUGCUCCAUAACUGCUUGGCCCGAGCUAGAACCUAGCAAGCGAGAUCAUUAAAGAAGGAUCUCAGCACCUUCAUAAUGGAAGGGGACUCCUCAUGGAAGAUCACCCGGUUCCUAAGAAGCCAAAUGAAAGAUCACCCGGUUCCUAAGAAGCCAAAGGCACCAUGCCCUAAAGAUGAUAGCACUGUUGAAGCCCUUCUUUUGUCUUUAUGAAUCUGAUUGAUCACUCCUUCCCACCACUCUGCAAAGGAGGCCUCCAUAGAACUAGGAAUAAGAUGUCCUGGAUUAAAAGGGAAUAGAAUGACAUGCCAGAACUGACGUGCAAAAACACAUGUAGUUAGAAGAUGUUGAAUUGUCUCUACUAAGACAAAGUCUUGUCAUUUGGACCUUUUUGGAUCUUUAAUGAUUUGGUGGGAGAGAACAUAACUAACAAUGUUAUGGUUAAAAUCAAACUUGCUGUUGUUUGUUCUGGAGCGAAACCUAAACCUUUUUAAAAUAACAGCAGCUAGUAUGCACAAUAUGGUUACAGUUUCAGUUCGUGAGAUUCUUUAUGAUAGCCAUAAAAAUGCCUUUUCAAGCUGCACAAUCUACUCGCGGACUAUCCGCGCCUACAGGCGGACUGUCCGGCCGUGCUCAGUGCCACAAAUGAUGCUCAACAUAAUGCCUACCUGUUAACUCCGGAGUCUAAUUGAGACUCAGUUGCUCAAAGCUCUAAGAAGCCAAGAAAGGAGGGUUUGAGUUUUCUCCUGACAAGAGUAUCAGUAUCGAACUACAGUAUGUUUGUCUUAUACUCUCUUUUCCUUCUCCAUACUGUGCUUACUAGUCCUGUUGUGUUAGUAAGUAGAUCCUUUUUAUUAUUCUUUGGGAAGUCGGAUGGGGAGGCCCCUACCUGUUUUCAGUAGAAACAUAAAGAAAAUGUAGAAACACGUCUGAAUGCAUAAUUACAGGUUUUGGGUCUGCACCGAUAGUGAAAGAAAGGUUAAAAAUUUGUCAAAACAAAGGAAACUGCAGCCUCACAGAUGAGCAAACAAAUGAGCUUCAACUUCUGAGUUUAUCUUAGAACAUACAAAUUUGGCAAUGUAUGACAGGAUCAUGGAGUAAUAGCUACUGCAGCCUGUCAUGUUCAUUUUUGUGCCCAUCUCUUUAUCAAAUUUCUUCUUGUUUCUUUGUUUGCUCUCUGUUUCCAAAGACACACCAUUUGUUAUGCAGAUUUCUCUUCUCAAUUCCCCGGAGUUAUUCUGUCAUUUCUUUUUCUGAUUUCAUGCUAGCCAAAUGUUGCAAGUGGAUACUGUUGACAAUAUAGAUGCCAAUUACACAUUUGUUUCUUACCUCAUGACUAAUUUUAGUCUUGUCCUUUGUAAGUGGCUUCAUAGACAAACCCAAAACGCAAAUUCAGAGCUACAGUCCAAAAGAUAGGUUGCAUGUGCAGCAUAAGUCCCAAAAUGUAGUCACUUAUGUUUAGUGUGUUCUUUUUCCUUUUAGAAAAUAAAGAAUUGUUCUCAUGCUUUUGAAGAAGUGCUACAUCAUUCUCAUAGUUGGUUUCUUCGGGAAAUGAAAGCUAAGAUUUCUUAUUCAUUUCUUGCAGAGAAUCCAGUCCUAGUCGCGUUCGAUUAAGAAAAUGUUAUAUGCAUCGGUAAGGAAUGUUUGAUGCACCUGCUCUUGCAAAAGGUCCAUACAUGUAUAAACAUGUUCAGUAAGAUGUAUUUCUAUGCCUUCUUCAUUUCUUAUGCGGAGAUGUCUUUGUGCUUAUAUUAAUGCAUAUCUGGUUGGAGCAUAUUCCUAUCUGCAAGUCUGACACUUGUUCAUUUUCUUUCUUUCUUUCUUUCGUGUGAAAGGAUGCCUGUUCAUUCUUGAAAGGUGUUAGAUUCAGCAUUAACUUUAGCGUUUCAUCAAAGGCAGAUAUAAUUUGAACUUCUUUUGCCUUUUUUUCUAUGGUUUUGCUUAGAUAAAGACAACUUUUAUUAUGAGCUAUGUAUGUGCCUUGCCAGAAAUCUCCACAUAUGAAUAUUUUCAUAAGGCAUUCUGACCGUCAAAUAGGCGGAUAGAGUUUUAUUUACAUGUAGUAAACGAGCCAUGCAUAUCUUUGACAUGGUGGUUGCCAUCUUAGUGCAGUUAGCAUGUUGAGCUGGUAUAUUAGUAAUUUUCUUCAUUGUUAUUGGAGUGGCCCUACAAACCUUUUUGGUCUGUAUAGAACUAUGCACCAAAUCUUCUCUUUUUAUACCAACCAACCCUCCUUCACUUGCACUGACUCCACAAACACACCAGAGGGAUUCACGCCCAAAAGCCAUGUUCCAUCCUUCAUCCUCCUCGUCGCCACCCAACUACAGUGACCUCUCCAUGCACCACGCAGUGAGCUUCUCCUCUGCUGUGCCCACAGCUCCAACUGAGAUUCCUCGCGGGGGGUUCUUCCAUGGCAACGGUGGCUUGCUAGCACUUGCCAAUGUUGCUGCAUCAGCGCCGCCUCCCUACCCCUCCUCCCUGCCUUCCUACUACAUACAUGGGAACGUCAGCUCGCAUUUCCUCCCUCUUCGCCUCCAGUUGUCGUCUGAACAGCUCAGCAGUACUGCCACCUUGUCUUGCCCGUCUCCUUCAGCUUCGGCGUGCCAGUUGCCUCUUCCCCAUGUCCCUUCUUCCCCUUCCUCAUCCUCCGGUGACCUUUUCGAGUUCAGCGCUGGAGCCAUGCGGCGUGUCUUCAGUACUGGUGACCUCCAGCUUGAUACGAAGCAGGUGAUGAAUGUCGCGGCGUCUCCAUCACCGCCACCACUUUCAGUACACGGCCAAGAUGCCGGAGGGCCUCCUUUCACUCAGAAGGUUGGCCGUUACAGCGCUGAAGAACGCAGGGAGAAGAUCGAGCGUUACCGUACGAAGCGUAACCAGAGGAACUUCCACAAAAAGAUCACGUAUGCCUGCAGGAAGACGCUGGCGGACAGCAGGCCCAGGGUGCAGGGCCGCUUCGCGAGGAACGCCGAGACACAGGCCGAGGCGGUUGCAGGCCACGAGAGGGAGGCCGCCUCAGACAACAGCAGCUACGAGCACUGCCACCACAGCGACCUCACCACCGCCAACAGCUACGACGUCCAGUGCAGGGAAAGUGGCAAAACCACGACAUUGGACGACGGCAAGUGGUGGUGGGAAACGCCGGUGGCCGCUCCAGCUGCAGCCAAUGAGCACCAUCAGUAUCAGCAGCAGCAGCUGCAGCUGCAGCUUCUUGAUUUUGACAUGGACAUGGACAUGGACAUGGACGGCGAGGAUCUGUGGGCCAGCCUGGCUGACAUGUGCUCAGGAACCUGACCUGGGCCGUGCGAGGGGCGUCUCCUGAUUGGCGCUGUCUGGUGCGAGGAAGGCAGGCAGCGAGCACCAAGAGGCGGCUGGCUGCCGUUGCCGAGGCAGUGCGGUAGUCAGAGUGGCGUCGCUGACCUUCUUGUGCCGUAGUGCAUCCUAGUAGUAAUUUAUUGGUAGUAGUAAAAGAAAAAAAAAACAAGACACAGAGAUGGAAAACUCCGUCUCAUCUCAUGUAUAAGAACAGAUUGUUCCCUGGUGUUUCGUGUUAGUUACCCUACUUUGCAAUGCAAUCUUCCAUAAAGUUUGGCCA